AUGGCAGGGGUUCAAGAAAUGUCAAGUGGGCCAAUAGCUGAGAAGCAAUACACCACAGAAAUCAAAGUGGUAAAACUCUCCUACCUGUGGACCAUCAGUAACUUUAGCUUUUGCCUAAGGGAAAUAGGUCAUAGCAUUGAAAGUUCAACCUUUUCAUCUGAAUCAAAUGAUAAACUGAAAUGGUGCUUACGAGUAUAUCCAAGAGGCGUUGAUGAAGAAAGCAAAGAUUACCUGUCGCUGAGCCUGGCACUAAUCAGCUGUCCAAUGAGAGAAGCUUGGGCAAAAUUUACAUUUUACAUUGUGAAUGAUAAAGGACAGAAAACCAAUGGUCUAUCAAGUCAAGAAAUUCGUAGUUUUGAGCCAGGCUCAGACUGGGGAUUCAGAAAAUUCAUCUUGAGAGAAUUGGUUUUAGAAGAAAGCAAUGGACUUCUCCCAGAUGACAAGCUGACUCUCUGGUGUGAGGUGAAAGUGGCACAAGACUCCACCAACAUCUCUAGCCAGAAUAACAUGAAUAUGGAUGUUCCUGAGUGCUCCUUGCCUGAUGAUCUAGCAGGGCUGUGGAAGAAUUCCCUGCUGGCAGACUGUUGCUUGUGUGUGGCUGGCCAAGAAUUCCAGGCUCACAAAGCCAUCUUAGCAGCUCGCUCUCCAGUUUUUAGGGCCCUGUUUCAGUAUGAAUUGCAGAAGAGUAAAAACAGUCCAGUUGAAAUCAGUGAUAUGGAUCCUGCAGUUUUCAAUGAAAUAAUUUCCUUCAUCUACACUGGAAAGACACCAAAUCUCUGCAGAAUGGCAUCUGAUCUGCUGGCAGCUGCAGAUAGGUUUGGUCUGGAGCACCUGAAGCUCAUGUGUGAAAUCCACCUUGGCAGCAACCUCUCUGUGGAGAAUGCCCUGGAAAUGCUCAUCUUGGCUGACCUCCACGGUGCACACCAAUUGAAAACUUGGACUCUGGAAUUCAUCAACUAUCAUGUUUCUUACAUCCUGCAGACAUCCACGUGGAAGUGCCUGAUGGUGUCUCACCCUCACUUGUUGGCUGAAGCUUACCAGUCUCUGGCUUCCAUGCAGGGUGCUUUCCUGGGUCCCCUGUGCAAACAACCAAGGCUGGCCUAA